CGGAAGCUCUGCUCUCGGCUCCUUUCUCCCUCUUCUCGCCCUCCCUCCCUCGGGUUCGCGAGUUUGAAGCUCGCGGUUAACCAGGCGAAGCGUAGGGGAGUGUUAAACCUGGAUUGCAGGGUCGGAGUGUGGGUAGUGCUAGGGCAGCCAGGGCAACUAUGGUGAUGGCGCUGCUUGCUGUGAGCGGUGUGCAGGCAAUUGGCGUACUCGGCAGUUCUCUUAUUCCACACCGCUCGGUCACGCCAGAAUUCCUCUAUUCAGGAUUAUGUCAAUUGAGCUUGUCUCAACGUAAGUACAGGUUCCACAUCGCUGCAUCGCACUAUGGGACGAGGAAGUCUUUGCCCAGUAAGCUUAUCUGCCGAGCUGCAGCUGCCACCUCCGUUGAAACCGACGCUCAUGUCAGGACAGUAUUGCCAGCAAUUCCGUCUGAAGCCACGCUUUCUAAGAUUAUGCCAUACUUGUGGCGUUUGGCUUCCAGCGAUACGACAUUGCGGUGGCGGCUUGGAGCUGCACUGAUACUUCUUGUCGCUAGCAAGGCAGCGGGAUUGGCAGGUCCGAUAUUGCUGAAGCAGGCAAUGGAUGAGCUGUCACAAGCACCUCUUCGUCGUGCGACUCCAGCUUUGGUGGCACUUGUUUGUGCUGCUCUCUCCAAAGCUGUCAGUUCCUCGCUAAAUGAGAUACGCUACAUUAUUUUCGCGCCAUUAGGUCAGAUUACAGGGCGUCGCGUCGGGAUCCAAUUGCUGAAUCAUAUUUUGCGGCUGGAUAUGACAUUUCAUUUGGAGAGGAAAACGGGGGCCUUGACACGUAUUUUAGAUCGCGCACAGCGCAGCGUUGUCAACAUUUUUCGUGCUGUCGUCUUUACCUUCAUACCAACCUUCGUCGAGCUCAUUCUGGUCUGUGGGCUUUUGGCGACGAAAGUGAGUGGUAUGGUGGCGGGGAUAGUGGCCUUGACAUUUGCUGCUUACGUAACCUGGACUGUUCAUAUUACCACUCGUGCUGCUGAAAGCCGCAAGGAGGUGAACAAAUUAGAAAAUUUAGCUACAGGAAAGGCAGUCGAUGCUUUGCUCAACUACGAAACUGUUGUACAGUUCAAUAAUCAAAACCUGGAGGUGGAUCAGUACAACAAACUCCUGCAAGGCUAUCAAAAUGCUUCGCUGGAAGCAGAGCGGUUAUCGGCGGCAUUGAAUGCUGGACAGGCCAUCAUAUUGUCACUUGGCAUUGCUGCAGUGAUGGGUUUAGCAGGUUGGAAUGUCACCCGUGGCAUUACUACAGUUGGAGAUCUUGUACUUGCCAAUGGUCUCAUAUUGCAACUUUCUGGUCCUCUACAGUUCCUGGGCUUUCUGUACAGAGAUCUCAGGCAGUCUCAAGUGGACUUGGAAAGUCUCUUCAACAUUCUCAGCACUGAAUCUUUAAUAAAGGACGGUACUGUAGAGUUGGAGUACAAAAGUACCGGUGCAAAAGUUAGGGCCCAGAACUUGCGGUUCAGCUACACAUCUUCAAGAGAGGUUUUGCUGGGAGUGAACCUUAAAGCAGACCCAGGGGAGAGCAUUGCACUAGUUGGUGCCUCCGGAUCUGGAAAAUCAACCAUCGUAAAGCUAUUAUUGCGUCUUUACGAUCCUGAUUCUGGUUCGCUCUUUUUGGAUGAUCAUGACUUAAAGAGUCUAACUCAGGAUUCCUUACGAAGCGCUGUGGCGAUUGUUCCUCAAGACACGGUCUUGUUCAAUGACACUAUCAUGCACAAUAUUGCUUAUGGAAGACCAAAUGCUACGCAGGAGCAGGUCAUUCAAGCCGCAAAGCAGGCGAGACUUCAUGAUGCAGUACUUCGGAUGCCAGAUGGAUAUUCAACCAUGGUGGGAGAACGUGGUUUGAAGCUCAGCGGCGGAGAGAAACAGCGUGUCGCUAUCGCAAGGGCGUUUCUGAAGGCUCCUAGGUUAUUGAUAUGUGACGAAGCAACCAGUGCGCUGGACUCUGGAACUGAGGCGGCUAUUUUGAAGUCAUUGAAAGAGUUGGCUGCAGGCCGGACGUGUGUUUUUGUUGCCCAUAGGCUGUCAACAAUCAUGCACUGUGAUCGCAUUCUGGUCAUGGAUGCUGGUGUGGUUGUAGAAGAGGGAACUCAUCAAGAACUGUUAGCGAAGAGAGGAAGGUAUGCUCACAUGUGGACUCUUCAAGAGUCCGAGGAAACAACUAAAAUGAUUAAGAUUUAAUCAACGGUCCAUUAAUUCAUCUACUAGUUGCCCAUGCUCAUCGGCUUCUUUUGGAGAUACAAUUAUUGCAGAGCAUUUUUCGAUUAGAUGUUGGGUAGGACAAUCACUGACUAGUACUUGAGAAUCCUUUCGCUCGUUAAGAUUCGAAGCGGUGGAUUUAUGACGUAAUGUAGAACGUUCCGCAAUGUCAUGUCAAGCAGGUACUUCUGUAACAUACCUACUGUUUGCCACAGUUUCAAUACAAUUAUACACUUUCUUAA